AGGAGCGGAUGCCCGGAGAUGUACCCAUUGUGCGUGAUUUCGUGGACGUCUUUCCAGAUCAGCUACCGGGAGGACCACCUAGUCGUCAGGUGGAGUUCACGAUCGACCUGGUGCCUGGAGUCGGGCCAAUGUCGAAAGUGCCGUAUCGUAUGGCGCCGAAGGAGCUUCAGGAGCUGAAGGCUCAGAUCCAGGAGCUACUGAGUCUCAGUUUCAUCCGACCGAGCGUCUCUCCGUGGGGAGCACAUGUCCUUUUCGUGAAGAAGAAGGACGGGACUUUGCGUAUGUGCAUCGAUUACCGGGACUUGAACCGGUUGACGGUGAAGAACAAGUAUCCACUCCCCAAGAUCGAGGAUUUGUUUGACCAGCUGAGGGGCGCCCGUGUAUUUUCCCAGAUAGAUUUGCGAUCGGGCUACCACCAGCUGAAGAUCAAGGACUCUGACGUGGCUAAGACCGCGUUUCGCACCCGAUACGGUCACUAUGAGUUUGUCGUGAUGCCAUUUGGCUUGACCAAUGCGCCGGCGGUGUUUAUGGAUCUCAUGAAUCGUGUCUUCCACCCAUUCUUGGAUCAGUUUGUCAUCGUAUUCAUAGAUGACAUUUUGGUCUACUCGAGGAGCGCAGCCCAGCACGAGGAGCAUUUGAGGAUCGUGUUGGAGACUCUUAGACGGGAGAGACUGUACGCCAAGUUCUCGAAGUGCGAGUUUUGGCUCGAUCGAGUGGCGUUCGUCGGUCACAUCGUUAUGGCCGAGGGCAUUGAGGUCGAUCCCACGAAGAUCGAGGCAGUGAGGAACUGGUCAGCACCGAGGUCCGUUACCGAGAUACGGAGUUUUCUCGGGUUAGCAGGCUACUACAGGAGGUUCAUUGAGGGGUUUUCGAAGAUAGCUUUACCCUUGACACGUUUGACAAGGAAAGGGGCUAAGUUUGAGUGGAGUCGUCGCUGUGAGUCGAGCUUUCAGGAGCUCAAGGAGAGGUUGACUACAGCGCCCGUGCUGAAUAUACCGGACCCUACACGGAGUUUCACUAUCUAUAGUGAUGCUUCGAAUCAGGGACUUGGGUGCGUGCUGAUGCAGGAGGGCAAGGUUGUCGCAUACGCUUUGCGGCAGCUGAAGCCCCACGAGGAGAACUACCCGACUCACGACCUUGAGUUAGCGGCCGUUGUUCACGCACUCAAGAUAUGGAGGCACUAUUUGUAUGGUAGUCGGUGUGAGAUCUACACCGAUCACAAGAGUCUGCAGUAUAUCUUCACGCAGAAGGAGCUCAACAUGCGCCACAGGCGAUGGUUGGAGCUAGUGAAGGAUUAUGAUUUCACCAUUCAGUAUCAUCCGGGGAAGGCGAUCGUGGUAGCUGAUGCCCAUAGCCAAAAGGCGAGGGGCGAGUUGACUUGCAUGAUCACCCAGCAGA